AUGAAUGAGUAUAUGGAUUAUAUAAAGGGAAUAAAAACAUAUAUAGAUGAUUCAGCAAACAAAAUUUAAGAAAAAGUAGCUGAAAUUGUGAGAGUUGAAGACAUUAAAGAUUUGAAUAAAAUGCAAGCUAAAAAAUAUCGAAAUCGCAACAACAAUAAAUAGCCUUCUCUUGUUACUUCAGGUGAAGUAUCGUAAGCUGAAAUAGAAGUAUAAAAAUUACAAUAACAAAAUCAAUAACUUUAUGAAAAAAUGAAAGAAUUAGAAGAAUAAAGAACAAGUCUUAAAUUUUAACUAGCAAAAUAUAGAUAGUUAAUAGCAGAUAAAAGAAAGAUGUUAAAUAAAGAAUGCAGAGAUGGAUUUUAAUUACUAACUUAAACAAGAAGACCUAGAAUUUUGAGUGAAAAAAAGAGCAAAUCUCCUUAGUUAUUUAUUACAACUUCCACUUCCACUCUAUCGUAAAAGAAACUUACUUAAGUGCAUAUUCUUUUAAGAGAUGUAAUGAAGACUGAAAGAUAAACUCCCUUCAUUAGAACUAAUAGGAAAUACACUUUUGAUUAAUUUAUGCAAUUAAACAAAACAGAAUAUUUUAGCUACAUACACAAUCAUUUGCCUAAAAUUAAAUAAUACUUUCUUGAAUUCUCAUACAAAAGAACCAAAUAAUUCAAAACUCUAUGA